AUGUCGUUGAACUAUCUGCUUCCCAUCGCCGUCGUCGUCUUCGGCGGCAUGCUCUUGUCCACGCAAGGGCCGAUCAAUGCGACGCUCGGCCGGCUGGCCGGCGAUCCUGUCGCUGCCGCCGCGAUCUCGUUCGGUGUCGGCUUCGUCAUCCUGACCGCGGUCACAGUCGCACGCGGGGGCGUCCCCGCCGGAUCGGCACUCGCUGCCAUGCCGUGGUGGGUGUGGACCGGCGGAUUGCUCGGCGCCUAUUACGUCUUCGCCAUCCUGUGGGCCGUGCCCAAGCUUGGUGUCCUGACCGUCGUUAGCGCGACGGUGUUCGGCCAGUUGGUCGCGGCGCUGGCGCUCGAUGCGAUCGGCGCCUUCGGCGUCCCGGUGCAGCCGAUAUCGCUGGCACGGAUCGGCGGCGUCAUGAUGGUGUUCGGCGGCGUUUUGCUGUCGCGCUUGUGA